AUGUUCGGCGGCAGCUCGUGUAGCUUCAGCUUCGGCACGAAGAUUCGAACAUUGGAGCCUGUUGUGGCAGAAAAGGAUCGCUCGCACUUCUUUGUGGGUACUAGCACAUUAAAUCAACCCAACCAGAUAUAUUUGGUGGAAGUAGACGACAAAGGCAACAGCAUUAUCACACACCAGGUGUGCAAUCACCCUGGGGAAGUACUGUGUCUGGUGCCGAGUCCUCACGAACGAGAGCUUUUGGUCACCUGCGGCAAGCAACAAGGUCAACGAGCAGAGGCUUCAUUAUGGAAGCUGCCAGAUACGAGUAAUUUAGAAGAAGAGAAAUGUGCCGCUACAAAUCUGAAGCAGUUGUCGGUGUUUCCUGCGCAGAAGCUGCCAGUGUCUGAAUUUGCUUGGGACGCUACAAAUACCACUUCAACGCUAGCUUCGAGUCAUGAGACAUUGCUUCGAACGUGGCAGCUAAAUGAAGGAUCAGUUGAAGCGCAGGAAAAGUUGGAGCUGGACGUUUCAAUGAUGGGAGACACUACGAAGAAAGGCGCAAGCGCAUUGGUGUGGGACCCGCACCAUGCCUUGCAACUAACUUUUGCUCUCGGUAGGAAUGUGCACACGUGGGAUCUCCGAGCAAAGCAAGAGCGCAUAAGUGUCGAGGACGCGCAUCCCACUGCCACACUGUCGCUCGAUUUUAAUCCAAAUAAACCGCACACUCUUGCUAGUGGUGGAGACGAUGGCAAACUCAAGUUUUGGGAUUUGCGAUAUGCGCAAAAGCCGCUACUGGUGAUGAACGCGCAUUCGCACUGGGUGUGGAGUACAAAAUAUCAUCCGCAGCAUGAUCAGCUGGUUCUCUCGGGAGGCUCCGAUUCGACGCUAGCUCUGUGGCGAGUAUCUUCAAUUUCAUCGUCACCUUUAGUGGAGCUGGAUGAACGUGAUCUAAUGGACGAAACGGCUGACGGUGCCGCUGUUGCAGAUGUGCUCAUCCGACGUGUUGAAGAGCACGAGGAUGCCGUGUACGCAGCUCGUUGGACAGCCGGUGGAGAUGCGUGGAUGUUCGUUUCCGUGUCGUAUGACGGCCGCCUGGCUGUCAAUCACGUGCCAUCGACUGAAAAAUACAAAAUUUUGCUGUGA